AGCGAAUUGAGAGUUUUAAAGUGUUUGUUGAGUGUUUUAAGCAUUCUAAGUGUUGGAUACAAUGUUAAUUUGUGAAAAAUGGCGUUCACAUCGAAAAAUGAUCGCUCCGACAUUCCAUAUAAAUAUUUUGAAAUCGUUCAUGGGAGUUUUCAAUGAGAACAGCAAGAGCGUUGUUAAAAAAUUACGUUCUGAAGUCGGAAAAACAUUUGACGUUCACGAUUACAUGAGCUGCGUGACAGUCGAUAUCCUACUAGAGACAGCAAUGGGAAUAACAAAAACGACGCAGGAUGCUGCGAGUUUUGACUAUGCUAUGGCCGUAAUGAAGUAAUUAUAAC